AUUACAAAAUCUUCAGCUCAGAGAGCAGCUCUGUGCUGACCACACUGCCUGCACACUGGGCCACAGCACGCCGCCGAGGUGGGCACAGGCCAGGUUCCUGAGAGGUCAGGGGUCUGGCCUCUGACACAGCAGCAUGGAGCAAAUCCAAAUCCGCCAGCCAGAGGAGUAUGUGAAGGGGAUCCCACUCAUCAAGUUCUUUGCAGAAGCAAUUGGGCCGCUGGAGAGCUUCCAGCCCCUGCCUGAUGACCUGCUGAUUAGCACCUACCCCAAGUCCGGGACCACUUGGGUGAGCCAGAUACUGGACAUGAUCUACCAGGGUGGCGACCUAGAGAAGUGUCACCGGGCCCCCAUCUUCAUCCGUGUGCCCUUCCUUGAGUUCAAAGCCCCAGGGAUUCCCUCAGGUUUGGAGACUCUGAAAGAAACACCAGCCCCACGGCUCAUCAAGACACACUUGCCACUCACCCUGCUCCCCCAGUCUCUGCUGGAUAAGAAGAUCAAAGUGAUCUACGUUGCCCGCAAUGCGAAAGAUGUGGCUGUCUCCUAUUACCACUUCUACUGCAUGGCCAAGGUGCACCCUGAUCCUGGUACCUGGGACAGCUUCCUGGAGAAGUUCAUGGCUGGGAAAGUGUGCUAUGGGUCCUGGUACCAGCACGUGCAGGAGUGGUGGAAGCUGAGUCACACCCACCCUGUCCUCUACCUCUUCUACGAAGACAUUAAGGAGAACCCCAAAAGGGAGGUUCAGAAGAUCCUGGAGUUUGUGGGGCGCUCCCUGCCAGAGGAGAUCGUGGACCGCAUCGUCCAGCACACAUCUUUUGAGGAGAUGAAGAAGAACCCCAUGACUAACUAUACCACCAUCCCCCAUGACAUCAUGGACCAUGACAUUUCCCCCUUCAUGAGGAAAGGCAAGGUCGGGGACUGGAAAACCACCUUCACUGUGGCCCAGAAUGAGUGCUUUGAUGCCGACUAUGCCAAGAAGAUGGCUGGCUGGGACCUCGGCCUCUGCUCGCGGCUGGGAGUGGUGUCCAGCGGGAAUCACUCCAGAGGGAGCGUGUGAAACAAGCUUGGCCCAUGGCCUCAAGAAUAAAAUAUGAUUUGGGUUCAA